GGUACUAGUAGUUUUGAAGUGGAAGAAGAUUCCGGAACCGACGAGGAGUCUGUUGAAAAGACUGUGGCACAAGAAGUAUCAACAAGACUUCGUCCUCCCAGUUACCAAGAUAAGGAGGCUCAACAUCAUACUCGAGGAAGUCAUCAAGAAGAACAAAAGCAACAAAAAGAACUGCUGGUACAGCGCGAUCAUCGCCCUUGCGGGUUUCAUCAAGACUUGCAUCCUGGUCUCCGAGGUUCGUCGUCUUUCCCUAGAAACAACACUUCUAAA